UAGGGUUUUUGCUCAUGUAAACGGGAUUAAAAGUUUAACUUCAUUAUUUUGACAUGACAGGGCGGAUUUCUUUCCCCUGAUUCUAAUCUUAGAAAAAAAAUCUCCAAAAGAACGGUUUACGUAUUGAUCACCACACGUAUGUGUACCCAAUUAGAAAAGGGCUGUGACGACGCACGGUGUGAGAAUAGCAAUCGGUGGUGAUUGAUCCCUUUCAUUGUUUAGGUGGUGGUGGCGAAGAAACACGGGAGAGUAGCGGUACACCGUAUAUUGAUUACAAAUUAUAAGGUAAAAACAAAAAAAAAGUUUGAAGCAUUGUUGUUCGGCUCACACGAUCUGUCAAUUUCGAUUCCUUGUUUCCUCCGUCCACGAAGAGUGUUUCUACAAUGACAACUUCAAAGAGGCUCGCAGACAGGAAGAUUGAGAAGUUUGACAAGAACAUUACUAAAAGAGGUUUUGUUCCCGAGACCACCACCAAGAAGGGCAAAGAUUACCCCGUUGGACCCAUCCUCCUCGGCUUCUUUGUCUUCGUCGUCAUUGGCUCCUCUCUCUUCCAGAUCAUCAGAACUGCAACUAGUGGAGGCAUGGCAUAAAAACCUAAUCAUCAUUCAAGCUAGAGGAAUCCAUUCUCAAUAUGAUAAUCUCUCCUCUCUUUUUCCCUUCCUUGUACUACUUGUAGAAUGUGUCAACUUUGUAUUUACUGCAAGUUAAUGUUAUCAAGAAUAUCUUCUUUA